AUGAAAAGACGAAGAAACUCAGAUUCCAUCCCUAUUGAUCUCAUUCCUGAUAUACUCUCAAGAUUGCCAGAAAAGUCAAUCGCCAGGUUUCAGUGCGUGUCGAAGCUAUGGCGGUCCUUGCUUCUCAAGCCAUACUUCACAGAGUUGUUCAUGACUAGGUCCUCGUCUCGUCCACGUCUCUUAAUUGGGGUGAAACAAGACAGUGAGUGGUUUUUGUUUUCGUCGCCUCAGCCUCAGAAUCCAUCGUCUCUUGUUGUCUCUGCUGAUUUUCAUAAGAAGAUGUCUUUUGACUCAAUCUACAACGACGAUUGUAGCUAUGCCUCUGGUAUGCUCUACUUCCCUAAUAUACGUACAUCAUAUGAGGAUGGCGAUGCAAUGCAUGCGAUAUGUAACCCUAGCACGGGACAGUAUGCGAUCUUACCUGAACCUAGAGGAACGAACAGAGGGGGUCGUGGCUUUCUAGGGUUCGAUCCGAUUGGCAAGCAAUUCAAGGGUAAAUUAGGUUUGAUUAAUAGGGAGCAAGACUAUGGUGGUGGAUUUCCCCUUAAGUUACAUAUGUGGGUUCUUGAGGAUAUCGAUAAACGGGAAUUUUCUGCAUAUGUCUAUACUUUAAAGAUUGAUGAUGAUAAAGUCGUUAAGGAUAGCGACUAUAUUUCCGUUGCUGGGGCGACUGCUUCUGGUGAAAUUGUUUUGGUGAAGAAGUAUAAUGCAUGUGAACCGUUUUAUGUUUUAUAUUUUAACCCCGCAAGAAACACUCUCCGAAGUGUUGAAAUCCAAGGUGUUCGACAAGAUGGGGUAGAAUGGUCUAACGAUCAUCAUGAAGUUCACGUCUUUGUAGACCAUGGAGAGGAUCUUAAGUUUGAUGUUAUGAAGGCAAUAUAUGCUGCAUCAUCUAUAAACUGA